UAUUAGUCCUAUCGCGGCCGCCCUUCUUGCGCGGCGCGCCACUAUCAUGAUUCAUGUAUCAUGAAGCUCUAGAGAGAGUUUCGCUAGCGUAGAAUCAAGCUUCCAAGUUCCUAUUCAUGCAGAUCUUAAUAGUAUUCUACAAUGUGCGCUGGCUAGUGGUGUUUGUUGGUAUUCAGAGGAGGCUCUCCUGACAAGAGUGGGACUUCCAAUGGUCAAGCUUGAUCGCUUUUGACUACUGGGUGUUGCAAGGUUUACAAGAUGGCGCGCGCCGAAGCCGCCAGCCCAGGCACGUCCAUGUUCUCGUCGCUGGUGCUGUUUCUGCUCACGCUGACGGCGCAGCAGGUGUUCAAGGCGCAGCUCGCGUCCUCCGAACUGCUGACCAUUGUUGGGGGACUCGUCAGCUCCUUCCUUUUCCUUUUUGCGCUUACGUUUGCCGGUAACUUCGAGGAGACAGCCAAGGGGAGGGCGGGCUGGCCCCACGUGAUUGUUUCCCUGCUAAUUGCGGAGGCUGCGGCUCUCAGUGUCCACAGAGUCUCGGCAACCACGUGUUUGCUCUUCUCUCUGGGCAUCCUGUACGAGGUCAACAAAAUAUCGGCGGAGGUGCACGAGACGGCGCACUCGGGGGGGGCAGAAGAGACGCACUUGAGCCGGCAGAGUAAACGAAGAUGAAGAAACAUGAAAAAGGGGGCCGUAGGGGCGGAAGUGUUCGACGGGCCUGAAUGAAACUGCAGGUCAGAAGCAUUGCGGAAGCAAGGGUCCGAGAUUACGAGCCGUCGCACCACUAAAAUUUCCUCGACUCGAGAUGUGCGGUCGACUUCGCUUGUGCCAUCUGCCAUCAUUUGUAGUGGAAAGGCCAUACUGGCAGAAGCGUUCUUGACGAUUGACUUAUGUUGAAGUGGGCGGGUCAGCAGAUGUGCCGACAAGAGAUCCAGUUCUGUGACGGCCGGGCUUUGGGCAAGUGGGGCAACAACAGGAUGAGAGACGAAUGAGCUUGGGCCUUUGAAUUCCUUUGCUUCAAGAAGACACAUCCAUGCCGUGAUUGUUGAUUUUUGAUUAUGGUAAACUUUGAAGCACGGAUGAAAUCCUCAGAUGCAAUCCACUCCCCUCUGUUGCCAGACAAUUAUUGCUCUACAGCGG